AUGGCGAAUUGGGACGCGGCCGUCCGUGAUAUCCUUGGCGGGGUGGAUAUGUGGCACCAGGAGUCUAUCGAUGAAGAGGCUGUUCCGAUCGAGAUCUGUGGUGCAGCCAAAAGGGAUCCCACAGCGGUUCUCAAUACGGAAGCUAGAUACGGUGUCGUCGGCAACAAAAUCAUCCUACCUUUGGCCAUCCGCGUUGUUCAGCGACCGUUCGAUUGUGGCAAGUUGUCUGAUCCUAUCCGAUUGAAACCACAAACUUUCAGACGUUUCAGCAAUCUGUGCCCAGUAGAUGACUGUGUCCAUUUUGAUCUGGAAGCGGCCGUCUUCCAUUUUCUUAUCUCUACGAGACUUUUGAGGUAG